UUUCAAUUAUUUUGUUUUCCUCCAAAAUUUGCAAAAAUUCUUCGUAAAAUCAAAUUAACGUUACAGCAUCGUAAAAGAAAAUCGAAACAUAAACAACAAAUACAAACGGAAGGUCCUGGAAGUGUUUCAAUAGUUGCCAUUGGAGAAGUGGUUACAGCCAUAGAUAAAUCAACAAACGGAAUCGGUGACAUCCCCAACAUGGAUAAUACAAAUCUCAACCGAGUGCUAAAUCAAACCUUACGUCAUCCACUACAUGGACUGCUUUUCAAAUAUACCAAUGUCAUGAAAGGCUGGCAGUACCGUUGGUUCACGGUUGACGCGCAGACCGGCACACUUAGCUACUUUUUGUGUGACUCGUCCUCGUCUGGCGAUGAAGCAACGCCAUCGGCACAGGUUUUGGCUAGUGCGCCGCGAGGUCAAGUACAGCUGGCAGGUGCUGUAGUCUGUCCGAGUGACGAAGAUUCACGCACAUUUUCCAUAGGUUGUGCCUCUGGCGAUACGCUUAAAUUGCGUGCUGCCGAUGCACGUUCACGCCAAGAAUGGGUGGAUGGUUUGCGUGCAGUUGUAGAAAGUCAUACAAAAGCAAUGGACAUUAGCAAUUCAUCACCACUGCCGCCACGAGAGUUGCUCGCCGCCUCAGAUGCGAUGGUUUCGGCGAGACAAGCACUCUACCUAACCGAACAAUGUAAUGCAACGUUAGCGCGUACAAUUGAGAAUAUUGAAUGUGAAACAUUUUCACCGACAGAUCCGGACUUGCUUUUGCUCAAAGCCAUUUCGACAGCUAGUACACAAUGUUUGCAUCAGUGCCUCAGUCUAUUACAACGACACGAAGAGAUACACAGUACAAGUGCUGCUGAAUCGGCGGGCGCUUGCUAAUUGGAGUACACAAAUUUACAUACAUAUUUGCUACAUUUGCUACAUUCUAAGAGAAUUGGAAAUUCUUUCAUAGGAGCUUCCGUACGUUCGUUAACGUUAAUUUGUUCAUAUUUAUAAACAAUAUGUAUAAUGUAUGUCUCCAAGUUGUCAUAUAACCAUACAAUUUUAUAAAAUGAUUUGUUUCUAAGGAUUUGAAUCUUUAAUUCUUGAUAAUGUAUUAGAUAUCUUUAACGUUAACUCUAUUAAUAUAGCUACAUACAUACAUACACAUAUAUAUUAUGAAAGACAU